AUGUCUGCUCAAGUUUUAGGUGCAUCCCAAGCUCAAAGCCCGAAUGCGACUCAUGAUCAUGUUAAGCGACGUUUAGCUAAUUUCUCUCCCAGCACUUGGGGCGAUUAUUUUCUAUCAUAUGCUUCUGUGAAAACAGAUAUCAAAGCAGAGCAAGAUGUCCAAGAACUGAAGGACAAAGUGAAGGGGAUGAUAAUGGCUCCAAUGCUUAAAAAUCCAUCAAAAAAAUUGGAGUUAAUUGAUGAGAUUCAGCGGUUUGGUGUCUCCCGCCAUUUCGAAAAUGAAGUUGAGGAAGUUUUGCAGCAAAUUCACAAGAACUCUUACGGCGGUGAUGAAGAAAAUGAUUUUGACCUUUUCACAACUUCUCUCCGUUUCCGGUUGCUUAGACAGCAAGGUUACAAGGUUUCAUGCGACACGUUCAACAAGUUCAAGGACAAGGACGGGAAAUUUAAGGAAACACUUGUGGAUGAUGUAGUAGGACUGUUGAGCUUGUACGAAGCCACACAUCUUAGGAUGCAUGGAGAGGAUUUACUGGAUGAGGCGCUCACCUUCACCACAACUCAUCUCGAGUCAGUGGAAGCGCACCGUUUAAGCCCCUUGCUUGCAAAACAAGUAACCCAUGCCUUGCAUCAACCAUUCUGGAAGGGCUGCCAAAGGCCAGAAGCAAGGCGUUACUUGGCUAUCUUUGAGGAGGAACCUCAUCCGGCAAAUGAAACUCUCCUAACUUUGGCAAAGUUGGAUUUCAACCUAGUGCAGCAAGUCCAUCAGAAAGAACUAAGUGAAAUUUCAAGGUGGUGGAAGGAUUUGGACUUUGUAAACAAGCUUCCUUUUGCAAGAGACAGAGUAGUUGAGUGCUACUUUUGGGCUCUGGGAACCUACUUUGAGCCCGAAUAUUGCUUUGCUAGGACAUCAUUAAGCAAAGUUAUUGCUAUGAUAACCGCUAUUGAUGACAUUUAUGAUGUGCAUGGCACACAAGAGGAGCUAGAGCUCUUUACUGAAGCUGUUGAAAGGUGGGACAUUUCAGCUAUGGACCAACUGCCAGAGUAUAUGAAAGUCUGUUAUGGAGGAAUGUUGGAUGUAUACACUGAAAUCGAAGAAAAGCUUAGAAAAGAGGGACAUUUAUAUCGCAUCCACUAUGCGAGAGAAGCAGUGAAAUGUCAUGUUAGAGGUUACUUUGAUGAAGCCAAAUGGCUCCACCAGAAAUACACACCAACAAUGGAUGAAUAUAUGGCAGUGGCACUUACUACAUCCUACAAGAUGCCAUUAACCGCGUCCUUUAUUGGAAUGGGAGAUAUUGUGACAAAAGAGUCCUUGGAUUGGGUUCUCAAUGACCCUAAGAUUGUGAACUCUUUAUUAAUACUUGGCAGACUCAUGGGUGACAUGAAGUCCCAUAAGUUUGAACAAAAGAGAGGACAUAUUGCCUCAGCUGUGGAAUGCUACAUGAAAGAGUAUGGUACCACAGAAGAAGAAACGGUAAUCGAACUCGGAAAACAAGUAAAUAAGGCAUGGAAGGACAUAAAUGAAGAGUGGAUCAACCUCACCACCAUCCCUAUGCCACUACGAUUGAGAAUUCUGAAUUUUGCACGUACCAAUGAACUUCUGUACAAGCAUGAAGAUGGCUUUACUCACGCUGGAGUUGUGCUUAAGGAUCUUCUGGUGUCUCUGUUUGUCAACCCUGUUCCCAUAUAG